AGGGGCCGCGGGAGUCGCGGGAAGGGCGCCGCGGGCGAGAGGCGGGCGCGAGGCGCUGGGGCAGGAGAAAGUGACGCGUGUCCUUCGCUGUCAUCCAGGGAGGAGCCCGCGGCCGCUGUCCCCGUCGGCCGCCCACGACGCGCCGGUCAGCAGCGAUGUCGGCCGCCGGCGCCCGGGGCCUUCGGGCCACCUACCACCGGGCCCUGGACAAGGUGGAGCUGCUGCUGCCGGAGAAACUGAGGCCGCUGUACAACCACCCGGCAGGUCCCAGAACAGUUUUUUUCUGGGCUCCAAUUAUGAAAUGGGGCUUGGUGUGUGCUGGCUUGGCUGACAUGGCCAGACCUGCUGAGAAACUCAGCACAGCUCAAUCUGCUGUUUUGAUGGCCACAGGGUUUAUUUGGUCAAGAUACUCACUUGUAAUUAUCCCAAAAAACUGGAGUCUGUUUGCUGUUAAUUUCUUUGUGGGGGCGGCAGGAGCGUCUCAGCUCUUCCGUAUUUGGAGAUAUAACCAAGAACUAAAAGCUAAAGCAAACAAGUAAGAAUUCCUGACCACCUGAACAAUCUAGACGUGGAUAGAACCACUGGGACUAAUUUGACUUAUAUUUGGCUAUGGAUAAGGUGAUAUUUACCUGUACUACUGUUUGGAAGGCAUAAAAAAUUGUAAACUGGGGGCUAAUACUUGAUUCAACAGAAAAAUAAAGCAGACUUUUAACAACAGUGUUUCUUUAUAUAUGACUUAAGGAACUUAUCUAUGGAUAUGAGUAAAUUUUUUCCUACCAUUUACCCAUAAUAAAUCAUACUUGCUCCUACA